AUGGCAGAUCUCGAAGAAUGGCAAGCCAUCAGAGAAGUUGCUCAUGUAAUCGCCGAGGACCGUGCCAGUGAGAAAAUUGGUCAGGGACAGCUAGAAGUUCUAGUGCCCGGUCAGCGCGUUGACGAUGCUACCCAUAUCCUCGUAAUUGAUACAAGUUUUAUUCUGGUUCAUCUUAACUUGGUUAACGAUCUUGUGCUUUCAUACUUGGAGUGGGGCUGUGUCGUAGUUUUGCCCUGGGCCACUAUCCAAGAACUAGACGGGCUCAAGAAAUCAAGCAGAGGUAUCACCGGUAUUAGCUUUGGAAAUGACGGCCGUCGGGUUGAUAUAUCUAUGCUCGCACGUGCGGCAAAUCGCUGGGCAUUUCGGGUCCUGUCAAAUCCGGAACCAGGAAUAUGGGGGCAGACAAGGGAAGAGGUUAUUAACAGGACUUUCAAUCACGGCGACAUGGCCAUCUUGGACUGUGCUAGAUUUUUCUACGAUCAAGGGUAUGAUACUUAUCUCCUGACUAAUGAUUUUAAUCUCAGCGUGAACGCUAUAAUUUAUAAAAUUAAGGCGUUUAUGUACGAGAAAGGGCAGACUUGCCAUUCCCUAUUGAAGAAGAUUUAUGGGAGAUCUCGAAGACCCCGCCAUCUCCCGAAACCCAGAGGGUUUUUGGCUCAACCUACUGGACCCAAGGUUCAACAAAGGCCUGGGGACUGGGUUGGGUCGAGAAUUGUACCAGGGACGGAGCGAAAGGUUGAUUCCAGGGACGCCCAAGGCGCUGAGCCGAAAGCCAUGCCACAUUUUCUACCACCAAAUCUGAUCCAGGGUCGCUAUAUCCCACCGAUGCCCACUCGACCAUAUGCCAGUAAAAAGACCUUCUCAGGCCGGUCGCUCGGUUCGUCUCCUGAACCUGUUAGAGCCUGGCAGGGUGUGGUGGGAAAUGGAAUGGCUGAGUCGAUCCACGCUCCUCGGGGCAGGGAAACCAGAAUUGCGAACCGUGCUGGAAGCUAUGCACAUUCCGCCAUACCAACAGCCUCAGCAGUCGUUUCAACCAAGAACCUUUCUAUACUAUUACUCGAGAUCCAGGCCGACGCGCUCUCAAGCUUUAUGGCAGCCAUAAAACAUCACGUUCUCGACUGCUUUGGCGACGCAGCCGGCUAUCUCAAGAUCCAUCCCGAAGACCAGAUCCGCAGUCUCUACGAUCUUGAGAGCUUCAUGCUCAAGCACUACAUUACUGUUUUCGCGGAGUUCAUACCUAGAUCAACCCAUAGACAGCUUGUGUCCCGCUACUUCUCAGGUACACACUACGAACUAGAGAGGUUCUCGCGGCAUCCUGUGAAAGCAAGUCACUGCCCGUCUGUGUUGGAGGUCCUGGACUUCAUUAAUGCAUUGGAUUCACUCUGGCGGAUGACGGGUGCUGGGAUUCCCCACCUCGUGGGUUGUGUUUGGCCUGUCCACAUUUGGAGUAGGGCUAAUAACGAUCUUCUCCUUGGUUGA